AUGUCCACCGUCUCUUCGUCCUCUCGGGUCUCUACUGCAUCAGCAGCAAGCUCGCUCGGAUGGCGCGCGAAUGAAGGCCCUUCAUGCACUGCCUUCCACGACUCGGACGAGGACAACACCGCGCACACGCAGUCACUGACCACCAGUCCCCAGACGUUGCAUGGACUAAUUGGGGCCGCCUCUGACUCCUCGCACGGGAGUGUCCCUUCUUUCAGCGCCCUUACGGACUAUUCACCACCGUCGUCUACAAUGGCAGAGCACCACCAAGCGCUCCGCGCCAUCGCAGACAUCACAGCCUCGCCCGAGUUCCAGAGCGUCGGCGACAAUUUCGCCGCCGACUUCGACGCGUACGCGGACGAGCCGCUGUUUGACGACUACGACUACGAGUACUCCCCUGAGCCAGAGCUUGAGCACGACGACUCCCCCCGGGCCAGCCCCCACGACACGCCGUACACGCCGUUCCUGACGACGCCGCGCCUCGCGAUGGAGGUCGACUUCGGCUCUGCGGGCGCCGCCUACACCGUCGAGGAGAACUUAAACGAGCUGGCGGGACAGCUGUUGGCGCUCCCCGAUGACUACAGCGAGGCCAACGGUGUAGGCAGCCUGAGGGGGUGGGGGGAUGAUGGGCGCCGUGUUGAACGAGUGCAGCAUCGGCGAGCGGGGGCUGAAGACGAGGAGCUUGUCCAAGUUGGGAGGCGCGGACAGCUUGUCGUUGACGGGACCCAGGAGAACGACCUGGCGGGGCAGCUGUUGGCGCAUCCCGAUGAAUACAGCGAGGCGGGUCUCGUCAACGAAAAGCUGUUCGCUCGUCCCAACUUGGACAAGCUCCUCAUGUUCAGCCCCAGCUCGCCGAUGCUGCACUCGUUCGACGCGUUCCCAUCCACGGCGCCCGUCAUACCCCCACCCCCUCCGAGUCAGGCUGUGCGGCCCACUCGCACGCCACGGUCGCUGCCUCACGCCACUGGCACUCGAAGGGGUAUCACCGUCAAUGAUCUGAUUCCGGACGACGCGCCGACGAUGAAGAGGACCUACCUGACGCCCAGCGCUACGUCGCGCAAGGCUGUCCCCGCGCAGCCUACCAAGGAAGUGCUCGAUGAGAUUGAGAACAAGCGGCGGAGCAAUACCCUCGCUGCGCGGAAGAGCCGCAAGCGCAAGCUGCAGAAGACGCAGGAGCUGGAGGACACGGUCGAUGAGCUGGAUAGGCUCGUGACGAUUUGGAGGCAGCGCGCGCUGAUGGGGCAGAGUUUGCUCAAGCAACGCGGAAUCAUGCUGGACUUUGGCAACAAGGCAUAG